GCUCGCUCCGUAUGAAUGAAGAGAGUCACGUGAUGCAACAGGGGGGCUAGUCGGGUUCUGCCAUCAAUUGGAACACCCUCGCUGCAGCCUGCGACACUUGUCGACGUCUACCAUCGCCAAAGCCGCGUUAGCAGCUCCCAUCCAGAGUCUUGCUGCGCCGAAUCUCCAUCGCAACCACCACCAUGUCGCUUCAACCAGACUCGGAGCUCGCGCCCAAAUUCGCGCCCUUUGUCGGCAUGGCCGGCAUCGCGGCCUCGAUGAUAUUUGGAUGCGCCGGAGCAGCGUACGGAACUGCCAAGUCGGGCAUCGGCAUCGCUGGCGUCGGCACCUUCAGGCCAGACCUGAUUAUGAAGUGCCUGAUCCCGGUCAUCAUGAGUGGUAUCAUCGCAGUCUACUCGCUCGUUGUGUCGGUCCUUAUCGCACAGGACCUUUCGCCACCCCCUGCAUCCACAUACUCGCUGUACACGGGCUUCCUGCACCUGGCCUGUGGGCUCUCGGUCGGCCUCACUGGCCUCGCAGCCGGAUACUGCAUCGGCAUCGUCGGUGACAAGGGCGUCAGGGCAUACAUGGAGCAGUCCAGGGUCUUUGUCGGCAUGGUCCUCAUUCUCAUUUUCGGCGAGGUCCUGGGGCUCUACGGGCUUAUUGUUGCCCUCAUCCUCAACAGCAAGACCAACGGCUAAAUCUGCCCACGACAUGCAAUCCAACACAGGCAGACACAGACAAUAUCGGUACCAAAUGGGUGCCUUGUCACCCUGGAACAAUGAGGGAAGUAUGAGGACGGGGAGAACCAAGGUCUCUGGAGACAUGGAGGCGAAACUGUACAACUGUCGACCAAGCAUGCGGCCAGGCGUUAUUCGGAAUAUUCAGCUACUAUCUCCAUAUUUGUCGUGUAGAUAGACGUUCAUCUUUUUGGUUUGGAUUCAAUCAUGGUAUUGCACCUUGACGCGCUGUUGUCGGCCAGCUUGCGACUCUCGAACAAUUCGUGGGAUGUCACAUCGCACGCCGCCAGCUGGGUCACCUGCGACCCCAACCUUUGGACCUGCGCUAACCGGCAAAAGAUUUCCAUCUAGGGAGAACAGUUGGGAGCUGUACCGUUUCAAGAAACAUGCUUGUUUGUAUUCAGAAAUGCCCAUAUGCUGCGUCGCUAUCAUCAAACCAUCAUGUUCCAACAUGGACAUUCCUCCCAAGAAAGGAGCGGGACGCGGCCCCCUAUCGGGCACAUGUCUGAGUAGCCCUGGCCGAAACCCAAUGCAAAAGAAAAGCCAAAAGGAAAACAAAACACCCUAGUCCAGUGCCCUGAAAAUGCAUAUGCUGUGAGGGCUUCACACAGAUGAGCGGUAGCGGAAGGAAGGAGAGCAAGAAAACGACAAC